CUGGAAGGGCUGCUGACCAAGCCUAUUGUGAAGAAGUACUGCCAGAACAUUAUUGAAGGGGCCCUCCUGCAGCUGCGUUCUGGUGAUGGAUUGCAGAAGUCUCUAGUGCCGGUGACAAGCAGCAGCAGCAGCAGCAGCAGCAGCAGUAGUAGCAGCAAUAGCAAUAGCAAUAGCAAUAGCAACAGCAACAGCAGCAAUAAUAAGAGCACCAGCAGCACUGUCGUCCCUGUAGAAGAAAAUCCGCCCCAUAGAUUAAGUAUGUGUGCCAAAAGAAUGAUAAUCUUUGAACACCACAAGCAUCCCUUUCUCUACAGUGACCCAUACUUUGUGGAGAUUUACAAAGUGCCCUCACCUUUGACUUUCCUUGCUCACAAUAGAAUUGUCACUACCCUUAGCUCUCUGGUCUCUCCAGACCAUGACAUCUGCUCUGCCCAGCCCAGGAAAGACGUAUGGGUGUAUAAACCAGCCCAAAAGUUGGCAUCACUGCCAGACCACUUGUGUCGGGAUGGUGUGGAUGUGGCAUAUCUGAAUGAGUACAUUAACAUUUUGAGUGACUGAGGGAUUACUGGAGCUAAAUUAAAGGAAGUAAAAUGCUACAGUGUUCAGAGGAACCGGUGGGCAUUAGUGGCUCAACUACUUGAUUCCUUUAUAUCCUUUGACCUAAUGGUAUGCUCUCAGCAGUGCAUACUUGUUCUGUUGCCAUCUAAACUGUUAAUAAGUGGCUGAAGUAUGUUUCACUGAAGCUCAUUGACUUGGGAAGCCUGUGUCUUCAAUGAUGAGUUCUCUUGUAUUUGUGACAUCCCAGUCUUGAAGAUCUACAAUCCAGUUAGUGCAGAAUGGAGACAAAUUAAUAUUCCUUUGGUGUAGGGACAUAACUAAAAAUUGUUGCGUGUCACCUCAUGUACCCACAGCGGAAAAAAGAAUAGGGUGUUACUGUGACAGUGAAGAAGACCAGUAGAUUAAUGUAGGUACAACAUUAGGCCCCUUGAAGUUUGACCCAAUUUUUUUUUCUUUUUUGCCUCAGCCGGUGUUUAUCCUUUCUGCCUUGAAUCUGGUCAGAGUUUCCUGGCUGAAGAAGAAGCAAUACCUAGCGAACCUAGCAUCAGUUGGGACUUAGUGACAGAAGACAGAGGAAUGUGCUCCAGGAUGAGGAACUAAACCUGUGGAUGAAGCUCAUAAAGUGAACAUGGAAAGAGGGAAAUAUAGAAGAAUUAAAAACCUUUUAACAUCAUUUUUAGUGAAAUAAAGUUCUUACCCCCUGCAGUGCACUAGUAUGCUUUCUCAAGAGGGAAAAUGUGCUUUAGUUGCCGAUCACGAUCUGAUCUACAUUUCAUUUCCUUUGGUGUGCAGAAACACCGCUCUUAAAGCUCCUUCCCAAUGGUGCUGUUUUAUGGCCAUCUCCCCAUGCAAAUAUACAUUUGUGAAUUAGAGAGUUGUUGUGAAAUAUUUUAACUAUGCAAAGAUGUUUUACAUUUGUUUUUGCUGCAGAUUAUUACUUUAACUGUGUAGAGGUGUGUUUCUUUUGUUUAUGCUGCAUUUGUUUAACAAUGUAAUGAUGUAAAGAUGUGUUGCAUCUGUUUUACCUUGCCUGCCUAAGUUACCUGAUUGAUCUAAUAAAAGGCUGAAUGGCCAGUAGCUAGGCAGGAGAGGGAUAGGCGGGGCUGCCAGACAGAAUAAAUAAGAAGAGUCAUCUAGGUUUGAGAGGGGAAAAGAAGAAGGAGAGGAUGAGAGAUAAUCCUUGGGUCAGAAGCCAGGUGGAUGACAGCCAACCAGUGAAAGUAAGAUAUACAGAAGAAAGGUAAUAAGCCCCGAGGCAAAAGGUAGAUAAAGAGAACUGGAUAAUUUGUUAAAAGAGCUAGCCAGAAACAUGCCUAAGCUAGGCCUAGUAUUUAAAACUAAGAAGUUUCUGUGCCAUGAUUUGGGAGCUGGUUAAUGGACCAAAAGAAAAACAAAAACAGGGAGUUUUGUUUUCUAGAUUAGUUACUUUAAUUUAUCUGGUUAAUUACCAAUUAAUGGAGUAGGUUGUAUGUUAAUACUUGUAACUGGUUCACUAUCAAUAAAGCAUACUAAAACUUGUGUUUCCUGACUUUAA